GCUUAACCAUCGCCACCUCUAUCUCACCAUGGUGCUCGCCGACCUCGGGGCGCGUCUGCACGGCGCGCUCAACCAGUUUUCACGGUCUUCAAGUAUCGAUGAGGCGGCCAUCGACGCGCUCCUCAAGGAGCUGUGCGCCGCGCUCCUCGAAUCCGAUGUCAAUGUCAAGCUCGUUGCGAGCUUGCGGAGUAAAGUCAAGGCGAAGGUCAAGCGGAGUCUUGAAGAGGCGGAGAAGGCGGGCGGUCGUGAAGUGAACAAGAAGAAUGUCGUGCAGAAGGCUGUUUACGAUGAGCUCGUUGCGCUUGUUGACCCCGGGAUCGAGCCUUACAAGCCCGUCAAGGGCAAGGUGAACGUGAUCAUGGCUGUCGGUAUCCAGGGCGCCGGUAAGACGACGACCUGUACCAAGCUGGCGGUGCACUACCAGCGGCGCGGAUUCCGGACGUGUUUGGUGUGCGCGGAUACGUUCCGUGCUGGUGCGUUUGACCAGCUCAAGCAGAACGCAACCAAGGCCAAGAUCCCCUUCUACGGCAGCUACACCGAGACGGAUCCAGUGGCCAUCGCGAGCCUGGGUGUGGAGAAGUUCCGGAAGGAGCGGUUCGACGUGAUCAUCGUGGACACGUCCGGGCGACACAAGCAGGAGAGCGAGCUGUUCGAGGAGAUGGUUGCGAUCUCCGCUGCCGUCAAGCCCUCCAUGACGGUGAUGGUGCUCGACGCCAGUAUCGGUCAGGCCGCCGAGGGUCAGAGCCGCGCGUUUAAGGAGAGUGCCGACUUCGGUGCGAUCAUCGUGACCAAGCUCGACGGUCACGCCAAGGGCGGUGGUGCCAUUUCCGCUGUCGCGGCAACCAAGACGCCCAUCAUCUUCCUUGGUACCGGCGAGCACCUCAACGACCUUGAGCGCUUCGCGCCGCAGCCGUUCGUCUCCAAGCUCCUCGGCAUGGGUGACCUGCAGGGCCUGAUGGAGCACAUGCAGGACAUGGCGCGCGCCAAUCCCGACCGGCAGAAGGACCUGGCAAAGAAGCUCGAGCAGGGCAAGUUCAGCAUCCGCGACUGGCGCGAGCAGUUGUCCACGAUUAUGGGGAUGGGGUCUCUCUCCAAAAUCGCGAGCAUGAUCCCUGGUAUGCCUCAGGGCAUGAUGGAGGGAAACGAGGACGAGGCAGCGGCCAAGCUCAAGCGCAUGAUCUUUAUCACAGAUGCUAUGCGGACGGACGAGCUGGAUUCGGAUGGGCUGAUUUUCUUCACAUUCGACAAGGCGGGAAAUCCGACCGGGCUGAACAAGCGGGCGCGCCGCGUCGCCCGCGGCUCGGGCACCUCUGUGCGCGAGGUGGAGGAGCUGCUGGCGCAGGCGCGCAUGAUGGCCGGUAUGGCGCGGCAAGCGGGCGGCAAGAACGGGUGGAUGAGCGCGAUGCAGAAGAUGCAGGGCGCGAUGGGGGGCAAGCCGCUGGGUCCCAACGGCCAGCCAUCGCCGGCGCAGAUCGAGGCCAUGCGCAAGGCCAUGCCGCCUGAGCUUAUGCGCAAGCUGCGCGCCGCGGGGCCGCAGGGUGCGCAGAAGAUGCUGCAGGAUAUGAUGGGCGGCGCCGGGGGCAUGGGCGGCGCGGGAGGCAUGGACAUGGGCGCUAUGAUGCGCAACAUGAUGGGCGGAGGGGGAGGGGGCAUGCCGAGCAUGGCUGAGAUGCAGGAGGCGAUGAAGUCCAUGGGCGGGCUGCCCGGCAUGGGCGGCGGCGGCAUGCCUGACAUGUCGCAGAUGAUGAAGAUGAUGGGCGGCAUGGGCGGCGGGCGCUAAGCAGCUGUCUCUUGCUGAGUCGGCGUUGGUGCAGAUGGCAUGGUGCCACACAUCGACCAAACCUCCAAGCUUCAUCUCACUCCACCCAAGCGCUGCCUGCCUGCCUGCCUGCCUUGCAUAGCCAGUAAUAGCAUCGACCAUUCUAACAUCCCUCGCGUCGGUCAGCAGCGUAUGAGCACGUCGUCUGCACGGACCAUCUAUCCCGUACUCGCGGCAGAAUGCAUCACAUCAGCUAUAAUGUGAA